AUGUCCCUCGGCAACCUGUCUCCUCCUCCGUUGCAGCGAUGCAAUGUCCCUCGGCAACCUGUCUCUUCCUCCAGCGAAGCAAUGUCCCUCGGCAACCUGUCGUCUCCCUGUUCCAGCGAUGCAAUGUCCCUUGGCAACCUGUCUCCUCCGUUCCAGCAAUGUCCCUCUGCAACCUGUCUCCUCCGCUCCAGCGAUGCAAUGUCCCUCGGCAACCUGUCGUCUCCUCCGUUCCAGCGAUGCAAUGUCCCUCGGCAACCUGUCGUCUCCCUGUUCCAGCGAUGCAAUGUCCCUUGGCAACCUGUCUCCUCCGUUCCAGCAAUGUCCCUCUGCAACCUGUCUCCUCCGCUCGAGCGAUGCAAUGUCCCUCGGCAACCUGUCGUCUCCUCCAGCGAAGCAAUGUCCCUUGGCAAACCUGUCGCCUCCUCCUCUCCAGCUUCUGUCCGUGGAGUGAUAAUUCAGCAUGUUUUGCUUUGUUCCAGUAGCCGCAUCGAGCUGGGAGAUGUGACUCCACACAACAUAAAACAGUUGAAACGGCUGAACCAGGUCAUCUUCCCAGUCAGCUACAAUGACAAGUUCUAUAAGGACGUCCUGGAAGUCGGGGAGCUCGCAAAACUUGCUUAUUUCAACGACAUAGCAGUGGGAGCAGUAUGCUGUAGGGUGGAUCACUCCCAGAAUCAGAAGAGGCUGUACAUCAUGACCCUGGGGUGCCUGGCACCGUACCGCAGGCUAGGAAUAGGAACAAAGAUGCUAAAUCACGUCUUAAACAUUUGCGAAAAAGAUGGCACCUUCGACAACAUCUAUCUACAUGUCCAGAUCAGCAACGAAUCAGCCAUAGAUUUCUACAGAAAAUUUGGCUUCGAGAUCAUCGAAACAAAGAAGAACUAUUACAAGAGGAUAGAGCCGGCCGACGCACACGUCCUGCAGAAAAACCUCAAGAUCUCCUCCUCCACCGCCUCGCCGAACGCAGACGUGCAAAAGAGUGAAAACUGAGCGAAAUUUGCGGAAUGAACCCUUUUUUUUUUGUUUUCUUGCACUUGCUUGUCGCCAAAUAUGGAAAAAAAAAAGAGACCCGUUUGAGUUUUAACUCCGACCGUUCACUUCUAAUAUUUCUUCUUCCUCUCCACUUGAAAGAAAAAAAAGUUAAAAGGUU